AGCAGCAUCGCUGAAUCAAUCAAUAAAGAGACAAAAUCCCCUUUAACCCAGCGUGCGAGCAGCCUCCUCCCUCCCUCCCCCUCAGCCACCUUCUCUCUCCCAUUUCGUCUCCAUCCUCCAUUGAAGGGGGACCUCCUAGCUCGAGAGAGAGAGGGAGAUUGGACAGGGAAGCAUAGAGUGGGCGCAGCCAUGUGCGGGAUACUCGCGGUCUUCGGCUGCAUUGACAAUUCCCAGGCCAAGCGCUCCCGCAUCAUCGAGCUAUCUCGCAGGCUACGGCAUAGAGGUCCUGACUGGAGUGGACUGCAUUGUCAUGGGGACUGUUAUCUUGCUCAUCAAAGAUUAGCUAUUGUAGACCCCACCUCCGGAGAUCAGCCUCUUUACAAUGAGGACAAGACCGUCGUUGUCACGGUUAAUGGGGAGAUCUACAACCACAAAGCAUUGAGAGAGAAGCUGAAGAACCAUCAGUUUCGUACUGGAAGUGACUGCGAAGUCAUUGCACAUCUUUAUGAAGAAUAUGGAGAAGAUUUUGUGGAUAUGCUGGACGGGAUGUUUUCCUUUGUCCUGCUUGACACCCGUGACAAGAGCUUUAUUGCAGCUCGGGAUGCUAUUGGCAUUACACCCCUUUACAUAGGAUGGGGUCUCGAUGGCUCAGUUUGGUUUGCCUCAGAAAUGAAAGCCUUAAGUGAUGAGUGUGAAAGGUUUAUGUCGUUUCUCCCGGGCCACAUAUAUUCCAGCAAACAAGGAGGGCUCAGACGGUGGUACAACCCACCUUGGUAUUCAGAGCAGAUCCCAUCAACUCCAUAUGAUCCUCUUGUUUUGCGUGCUGCCUUUGAGAAGGCUGUGAAAAAAAGGCUCAUGACUGAUGUUCCAUUUGGCGUACUCUUGUCUGGAGGUCUUGACUCAUCUCUUGUUGCUUCAGUAGCUUCCCGUUAUUUGGCCGACUCUGAAGCAGCUUGCCAAUGGGGUUCACAGUUGCACACCUUUUGCAUUGGUUUGAAGGGCUCACCUGAUUUAAGAGCAGGAAGAGAGGUCGCAGAUUAUCUAGGAACUCGUCACCAUGAAUUUCACUUCACUGUCCAGGAAGGUAUAGAUGCCCUUGAGGAAGUUAUCUACCACAUUGAAACAUAUGAUGUGACCACCAUCAGGGCCAGCACACCGAUGUUCCUUAUGUCUCGAAAGAUAAAGUCCUUGGGAGUUAAGAUGGUUAUUUCUGGGGAAGGUUCCGAUGAGAUUUUUGGAGGUUACUUGUAUUUCCAUAAAGCACCAAACAAGGAGGAGUUUCACGAAGAGACCUGUAGAAAGAUUAAGGCUCUCCAUCUUUAUGACUGCUUGAGGGCCAACAAAUCCACUUCAGCAUGGGGUGUAGAGGCACGUGUUCCCUUUCUAGACAAGGAAUUCCUCGACAUAGCAAUGAGCAUUGAUCCUGAGUGGAAAAUGGUCAAACCUGAACUUGGAAGGAUUGAGAAGUGGGUCUUGCGUAAUGCAUUCGAUGAUGAAGAGAAACCCUAUCUUCCUAAGCACAUAUUGUAUCGGCAGAAGGAACAAUUUAGCGAUGGAGUUGGUUACAGUUGGAUUGAUGGCUUGAAGGAUCAUGCCAACCAAGAAGUUACAGAUGCAAUGCUGGCGAAUGCUAGCUUUGUAUACCCAGAGAACACUCCUACCACUAAAGAGGCCUAUUAUUACAGAGCUAUCUUUGAGAAAUUCUUCCCUAAGAAUGCUGCGAGAUCCACAGUACCAGGAGGCCCUAGCAUAGCCUGCAGCACUGCGAAAGCUGUGGAGUGGGAUGCGUCUUGGUCGAAAAAUCUCGACCCUUCAGGUCGUGCUGCUCUCGGGGUCCAUGCUGAUGCCUACGAGGGAGCAGCAGAUUCGAAGAAUGCUGGUUUAACCAAUGGCUCCUCUUCGAAGCUACAAGAAAUUCCUGUUGAGAAGACAGCAGCAGUUGGCUGAUCGGAGAAUUCUUAUUGUAUGUGGAGGUGGAUGAAUACUUGUGAACAGGAUACACUGAUGACGACAAGAUCCGGGGAUGGAAGGAAAUGGCGAUUAUGGCAGUUGGAAGGAUAUUCCAACCUGUGCUCCGCUAUGUUGAUUGAAACUGAUGGUUUCUAUUGUAUUUUCUGGUUUGCUGGAUGGUUCAGUUAGAACUGUAGAGUUCCUUUUAAUUAUGCUUCAAUUAUUUGUUUGCAGAAAAUGGUGUCAGAACAUUUCGAGGUUAAUUUAUUUCAUAUUCUCGUGCAGCUGCAUCUUCGA